AUGACGACAACGCAAGAGGAAGGUUUCGAGCAGUUCGAAGAAGACGAAGCGGCCGAGACGGUCCUGGCGCUGAGCAGCACUGGCAGAAAGAGGCUAUUCAGCAAAGAAUUGCGAUGCAUGAUGUACGGCUUCGGGGACGACCAGAAUCCCUACACCGAAAGCGUCGACAUCAUCGAAGAUCUCGUCAUAGAAUUCAUAACGGAAAUGACCCAUAAGGCCAUGGAAAUCGGCCGAACGGGGCGCGUGCAGGUCGAAGACAUCGUGUUCCUCGUGAGGAAGGAUCCCAGAAAAUACGCCAGAGUGAAGGACCUGCUCACGAUGAACGAGGAACUGAAACGGGCCAGGAAGGCCUUCGACGAAAUCAAGUUCGCAGGAAAAGAUGCCUUUGUGGGUUAA